GUCAAUUUGACUGAAAAGUUAUUGGAAUCAAAUCGUUACACUCUUGAAUCUUGAUUUUCGAUAUUUAAGACUUUCUUUUAAAUUAUUGUGUUUAUUCUCAAGUGAUUUCUUAUUAAAGAGAAUUAGAUAGUAAAUAAGCACAGUUGUAUAAUAAAGUGGACAAUCGUGUAUAAUAUAAUCUUACAUGGAUAUUUUUUAGUGUUGAACAUGGAAGCGUAUGAAAGUGUUUUGCUUGUUAAAAAUGAAGUGUUCGUUUUUAAAAUACCCCCAAAACAAACAAAUCGGGGCUACAGGGCAGCUGAUUGGAAUUUACAAGAGCCACAAUGGACGGGGCGUAUGCGACUCGUAGCGAAAGGCGACGAGUUGAUAAUGAAACUGGAAGACAAAACGAGCGGUGAAUUGUUCGCAAAAUGUCCCAUUGACAAAUACCCUGGAGUGGCACUUGAAUCUGUUACUGAUAGUUCUCGUUAUUUUGUUGUAAGAAUACAGGAUGAUAAUGGGCGCAGUGCUUACAUUGGCCUAGGAUUUGGUGACAGAUCAGACUCCUUUGAUCUGAAUGUAGCCCUCCAGGAUCACUUCAAGUGGCUGCGGAAAGAACAGGAAGGUGAACAAGGACAGCAACAGCAGCUGGACCUUAGCUUCAAAGAAGGAGAAACUAUAAAGAUUAACAUGAAGAUCACUAAAAAAGAUGGUAGUGAAGGAAGCAAGCCCCGCCGAGCAGGUGGUGCAGUGCCAGGUGGGCUGCUCCCACCACCUCCUGGGGGCUCCAAACUGCCCCCUCCACCUUCACCCCAACAUGUGCCAACACCCUUUGGAGCUCCCCCUGCAAAUACUGAGUGGGGAGACUUUAACUCUGCUAGUGCUCCGAGUCAGCAAGCAAAACCAACAACACCAGCCAACCAACAAAACUGGGUACAGUUCUAACUGCAGUGAUACAUGUCAAAAUAUACUUUGUUGCUGUGAGUUGGCCGUGCAUUGCACAAUACUUAUACUACUUACUUAAAUAUUAUGACAUAUCCAUCACUUUUUGUUUACAUUUAAGUAUAUAAAUCAUAUAUUUAUAUGCCUCUCUAAUUCAUUAUAUUCUUUUCUUGUGAAAACAGCAAUUAAUUAUUAUGUUUUAUUUAAAUUGUGUUUGUAGCUACACCAUAAAACAAAACUUUUAAAUUAGAACUGUAUGUUGAAACACAAAGAAAUGAUGACAUAAAUAAAACACAUAUAUAAACACUAUUUUUGAGAAUAAAACUAGAGAAUGGUAAUUUUAGAAUUUAAAAUAUUGUAAACAUAAAUAAAUUUUAAGGUAGCCUUAAAAUGAAAAAAGCAAAAUAUAUAAAGCACUGUGUUGGUGAUUAUGUUAAUAUUGAAUUGCAAAGAAUAGAAAAAUAGCAAUACAUGUUUGCACCGGGGGCCUUAGCCAUGUUACAGGUCUAUUGUCUUUCUCUCUCUAAAAACGCUAAUGCUUUGAAAACGAAUAAACGAUAGACAACUUGAUCACGUGACCUGUCGAAAAUGAAUGUCAGUCUCAUACAUUUUUAAUUUUUUUCAAGCGUUAGCAUUUGUAGAAAGAGAAUCGACGGUCCAUGUGGCUACAGGCCACAUAAUUUUGAUGAAAUUGAUGAAUUUUUCUUUUCUUUUGUGAAAUAUAACUGGUAAUUUUUUUGCAUCUUGUGUACAUGUUUAUAAACGUGUUUAGAGUAUAAUUUCUUAUUUGAUCGAUUUUAUUUAUUCUAAGUAACUACUGUAUUAUACUGAUAAAGUACAGUAAUUAUAAUAAACAUAAAUAUAUUUAUGUUUAAUAAUAUUAAUAUUUUCUGAUUACUCAAAAAAGUUACGGAAAAUUGAUUGUAAUAUUCAUAUAAAAUGUAAGUUAAAUAUAACUUGCCUAUGUAAAAGAUUUUAAGGGUUCGUUUUGUGUGAUGUGUCGACGUUUUUAAAAACGCAAAAAAAAAUACAAAGUAUUUUAUUUUAAAAAUGUGUAAUAUAAGCUUAAGUUAAAUGAGUCUUUCAGUUUUCAUUAUUUAAUUAUAUUUUAUAAAUUGUCCUUAUGUUAGCACUUAGCUAUUAAUUAAGUAACAUUCCUUUUCAUUUUAUUUUAUCUUUUAGUAUGAGUAGGUAUGCCGUAAUUUAGCGAUAAUAAUAAAUAUUGUGUUAAUAAUUUACCUUCAUAUAAUCCAAAAUUGUUUACUGUUUUUCGAUUACUCAGUAUAAUUAUAGAACACCAAUAGUAUAAGUAGGAAUAGAAAAAACUAUAUAAACCCUGACAAUAACUGGCAUGUAAUGCACAUACAAAAUAAAAUGUGUUUUCGAAACUCUAAAAAACGUGGUGUACAUAGGCCUUAAAUGAUAUAAUGCAUGCCACGAGCAUUGUCGUGCGUUAUAAUAUUCCUAACAAAGCAUAACACUGAAAAUUCUAAUUCAAAUAGAUAUACAUACAUUUUAUUUUGUACAUUCUGUGUAAAUCAUGCCAGAUUUUAUUACGCUCGACCUUAACACAAAUAUCAAUCAUUAUCGUGCAUGUUUGAUUAUUUACUAGGUUAAAACUGAAAGUUAUUCACUUAGUUCUACGUCACACACAUAUGAAACUGGCUUGGCAUUAAACACUCAUUGACGUUUGAUAUCUUAUUUAAGGUUCCGAAUGGUCUUAAGUACCAGCGGCGAAGAGUUCAUUCUAGCCGAUUCCUGCCGGAUUAUCUUUAAAAAUCCAUGCAAAUUCAUUGUUGUACUGUAUAUCUAGAUAUAUGAGAAACCAGAGUUUGUAUCACUCUAUAUGAAUUUCUUAAUUCUUUGGGUGGGAUGCUUACCUUCAUCUAAAUUCUAAUCUUCACCACUGGUAAGUACAAAAAACGGAACCCUUAUAAGAUCACUGUACGUUUGUGUAUUUGCUGUGGGGUCCUUAAAUGAAGUUUAAAAAGUGCAACUGUUGAGUUUCUUGCCGGUAUCUUCUCAGCAGAACCUGCCUUCCGAACCGGUGGUAGAAUCUUUACAAAUAGUCAACUGACGUGUCAAAAGUGCUUGUAAACUGAGCCUUCCUGAAAUAAAUGAUUUUUUGAUUUUUUUUGAUGUGUUCUGGGGGGGCUAAGUAAUCACAGGUAUAGUCGGAUCCAAUCUUUAUGACGUAUUACGGGCCCAAAUCCUCCUCAAUAAGCCUCUUUAUGGCCCAAAUCCUCCUCCUAAACGACAGGAGACCUUUUUCGGGGAUCAAAUGUUCGUCAUUAAUAAGGUCAUCGUAGGCUAUCGCUGUGCAACGGCAACGAAUAUUUAAUGCCAAGCAAGGUUAUGUGUAAUUUUCAUAAGUGUAAAUUGUUUAUAGCGUCACAUCGGCAGCACAUUUUAUUUAUUUUAUUCGACCCUCAAGCCAAUUACAAGCCAUUAUUUUAGAAAGUAAAUACGGGGGUUAAACCCUCUACUCUGUAUCAAUACAGGUUGACGGGUUGCGGUCGUUUAUUAUAGUAGGGGAGCCAAAGAGGGGAUUUUUGCAGUUACUCGAGCGCGGCAGAUAAACAUAAAGGACUUUGCACGUUGUUGAGUACCUCUACCAAAUAUUGGUGGGUACGUUUAGAGUAACCAAAAAAAAAAAACUAACUUCAGAAAUACUCAACCAGCACGUCAGAUUAAGAUAAGGUAGGUGAGAUGACUACGAAAAUCUCACGAUUUGAGCGUAACGUAUGGGAGGGUUUCAAAGUUAUAUAAUAAAACCCAAAUAUUUUAGUUCUCGAGUUACGAGCGCGAUUAAUUUUUUACUUAUUUUGAAAGAACCUCGUAAUAAACCGCAAACCUUUCAGUUUUCAUGUUUAAUCAUUAAACACAAUUUAUUUGAUAGAUUUCAUUAUAUAUUGCCGAUGUAUGAUGUUUGAAGAGAGAGACACUUGAAAAGCUCACAUAACAUUGUAUGAUCUAAUAUAUAAGAUGUUAAAUACGAUUAUUAUCUGUAUAUUGUGUUGUAACACUUAAAUAGUUUAAUUUUUUCACUUAUCUUUAGAUGUAGGGAUUGAAAUUAUGGCUCUACACAUUACUGUUAAUAAAAUAUUGUUGAAAUUCUGCAUGUCAUAGACAAGCUCUAUGUAAAUAGCUUAAUUAAAAGUGGUAGCCGUGUGAUUGUACAAAUGUUGUUGUUUGAACUUAAGAACGUGAGGACAUUUUCACAAUUUAGCAUUUUGAAACUAUUCUAAUCUAUUUAUAACUAGAGAAUCGCUAGAAUCUAUUUCUGCGUUAUGAGAUGACCUGAGUGGGCCAAUAUUUGGGAUAAGAAAAUGUUCUCACGGGCUUAAAUUCGAGUACAGUGCGAAGUAAACUUUAUGACCUUUUGGAAUUUUCUGCGUUAAGCUGCAUAUAAGAUUUUAGGUAUCAGAGAUAACGUAGGGGCGCGGCGGCAAGGCAACACCCUGCGCGCGCCUUCCACCCCCCCCGAAGUCUCUUCUCACGUCUUAAUUUAAGCGUACUUUAUGUAUGUCCUGCGCUUAUCGACAUCCGCAGUUUUUUUCCGUGACGUCAUAAAUUUUGCAUCGGACUGUAAUAAUAAUUACUUAGAUCUGUUUGGCGAAUAAAAUAUUAAAUAUGUACAAAUGUAAUAAAGCAAAGUAGCAGCUAC